AUGGCUAAGGUCUCCACGGUGACGGAAUUUCUCCUCCUGGGGUUCUCGGAAGGCUCCUGGGAGCUGCAGCUGAACCCGUCCUUCAGAGAUGUCUGUUACAUCUCCAUCACUGUCCCCAAAUCCAUCCUCACCUCCUUAGCCAAUAAUAGCUUGAUAUCACUACAAAGCUGUGUCACCCAGCUCUUCCUAAUCAUUUUCUUCGUGGCUGCAGAGCUGUCUGUCCUCACGGCAGUGUUCUACGACUGCUACGUUGCCAUCUGCCACCCCCUGCGCUAUGAACUCAUCAUGGACCGAGCAGUCUGUGUGUACAGGCAGUUCUUCUGUGAUGCCCCCUCCUUGCUGAAGUCCUCCCGUUUUAAGAGGUACGUUGUAUUGGAUGCCAGUUUUGCUAUUGGGCUUGUUUUCGCUUUAAUCUCUUUCACUCCCAUCACCGUCUCUUAUAUUCAUAUCUCCUGGGCCAUGCUGAGAAUGCCGGCCAUCGAGAGUCGAGACUCCCCCUCAGCGCUGGACCUGCUGGUGUCCGACUUCUACAUCGCAGGGCCCUCUGCCCUGAACCCCCACAUCUACAACCUGAGGAAACGGGACAUAAAGGCCGCCCUGGGGAGGGUCCUGGAGGGGCAUCCAUUCCCCCAGAAAAAAAGCAGCAUGAAUUAG